AUGUGCGCAGACUUGGCAGAUCAUAUGCAGAACGACAGGGACUAUAUUUUCUGCAAUGGCAAGGUUUGCUACAAGGUGAUGGACGGGAUCGCUUCCGAUGUCGUGAAGGGCUACAAAACAGCUUUCGCCUAUCUGCAGGAGGCCACCAAGCAUUCAUUGCACAACGAAGACGAGGUCCUUCGGAAUGCCCUUUCUUUGCGUAUUCCAUGCGGUCGAUUUUCGUAUGCAGCCUUGGGAUCUGCAAAGAUCCUGGGUGUAUCUGGGACAGUGCAUGGAUUGACGCAGUACCAAUGGCAGGUGAUGCAGGGCUUUGGCGUCAGCAGCUACACACUGGUUCCGUCGGUGUACGGCCGCAACAACUUUGCUUUCCUAAAUCAGGACCACGGCACCCCCAUCACAGUCACCACAGAUUUAUUUCAUGAUGUUGCGACGCAGGUAAACAGGAUAAUACAGCAAGGCCGUGCAGUCAUCGUCUUCUUCAGAGAUGCGCAUCAGGUGGAGGACUUUCAACAAUCCCCGUACUAUGGCAAGAUCCAGAAUAAGAACGUGUUGCUCCCAAGCCUGCUGGACAAGGACAAGGAUUGGAUUAUCCGGAAGGCGGCAACGGCCGGGCAAGUUACGUUUGCCGCUGCCCUG